AUGUGCUGGGACAGGCGAUUCGGCAAGAUCUUCGACACUCCUUUCGCUCGUCGAGUGCGCCGGCUCUACAUGGAAAAUAAUUUGCUUGUGUUUGGAGUCAUCGGUCAUAUAAUGUCCGGCAUGGUGUUCUUCGAUAUGGUCGAGAAGCUGUGCGGGGGCUCAGACACAACUUGGUCUCCGCUUCGACUACUGGGACCUCCGAUGUGGCUCCCACUGAGAACUCUCACAGGAAAGUUGAUGGCCGCUCAAACAUUGGUGCACAGUGCAAUGUAUUUUUUCGCGUGUUACUAUCUGGUGCAAUCGAGAUACCGGAAAAACAUCAGGCUAAUGGGUCCCUGGAUUGUUAUGCACUGCUUCUUCAUGGUAUAUCAGAUAGUCCUCGUAAUGGAGAACCGGGAUGACUACGAACUCUGGGAAGCCUUGUUAGCGCUUUCGGAUUUCCUUGUGAACGUGGUGGUGGUGCUGAUUGCAACCCAUACUGGAAUACAUUGGAUACCGAGUCGCCCACCACAGCGUGCUGCAGCAGGUGUCCCUGUGAGCACUGAACUUCAACCUCUGUAUGCACAUACAACCGAAGAAAAUCCAGAUAGUACUGGUCAUUCUGCCGAGACAGUAUUGGUCACUGAUGAGGCGUGGAGCCUGCCCCCGCCACCGUCUUACGAAGACGCCGUCCGAACACCGUCGCACGCAACUGGUGCCACCACGUUUUGGCAGCCGGAGAACCAAGGUGGAGCCAUAAACGUCAGUUGGCCGUGGCGCUGGAGGUUAUUUCGCGAGGCGGCCAGGGCGGCGGCGGCGGCAGAGACGACAGCGACAGGUGGUAUCGAGCUCCAAACGUUGGGAGUUGCAACAGCUGUCCAGCCGGAAACAACUGAAGCUGCAACUGCUGCGGAGCUGCAGACAUCGGAAACGGGAGUCGCUGUUGCUGAGCCGCAGCCGUCUAGUGGCAGUGAACACGAUAGCGCGCGCCGCACUGGGUGGCUCGGUCGUUGGCGGUGGAGACGGCUUCUCGAAGCAACGAGAGCUGCUGCAGAGGAACGAUCCAGUAGCGGCGGACAGGAGCCGCAGCAGCUGUCGGCGCCUCGGCGGCGUGCUGUUGGUGGGUCGGAGCCUUCCGCUGACCAGCCACUGCUCCAGCAGUCACACUAGUUGACUGUGUGUUUGCGUUUAACGUGGGUUGCAUUGCACUUCGCUUGCUAAAAAUAGACUACCUGCGACUUGAUUUAAGCAAUACUUUGAAAAAUAUCUUGUACUGCAUGUGAUCAAGGCACGAUUUAGUACCGUUUUUAAAACUUAACUUCCAUUCACUUUUAUGUUUAACAGUGUGGUUUUUAUCGUAUGUUGCCUCAUAAUGUAUGCAGGAAGGCCUUUGGAU